AUGGGGCGCUGGCUCCUGCUGCUCGCCGUGCUGCUGGGAGCCGCGCUCCCACGGCCCCUGCGCCAGAGGGUCGACUACUCGGUCCCUGAGGAUUUCUCUGCCCCGCUGGAGCUCCCGCAGCCGCACUUUGGCCUGGUGGAUGAUUACGGCAUUGAACCGAAGCACCCUCGCUUCAGGACCCGGGCAACGCGCGCGCAGCCGGCCGGCCUGCGCAGUGCUGGCAAAAGCAAGCGCGAUGAGCUCGACGUGUCAGAGUACUACUAUGAUGACCAUCUGUGA